CAGAACAAAUCGGCCAGGUACCAGCAAGCAAGGGGAGGAGAGUCAGGAGGAAAUAUACAUGGCGAGAGAAGAGGGAGGGACAGAAAACAGACCUAUGAGAGAUCUGACAGCUCUGAAAGGGAAAAAAAGCUUACUUACUAUUUCCUUCAUGUAUCUAAGGUUGGAGCAUGAGCUUGAAAGUUAACUUUGCAAAAGCUGUACUGUAUGGAAUUAACUGCCACAGCCAAGGAAGAAAGUUGCAUUGUGGUAGCUUUUAAACAUUAUCAUGAGGAGCUGGAACUUUGGAUGUGAUCAACCUUCUAUGCAAUAGAAUUUCUGCAGGACGCAAUGACAAAGAGUUUCUGAACCACAUCUCCAAAGGGACCGGACAACAGCUGCCAUCACACAUAUCAAAAGAAUCUCAUAAUGGACAAUAUCAAUUCAUUCUUUCUUUCCAUCUAUGACAUGCUUAAAGCCAAGCACGAGGAGGGCAUUUAUAACACAGUUUGUUUGAGUGUAUUGCUGGCUCUGCCAUUGCUGACAUUACUUAUACUCAGUAUUGUUUGUUGUCAUUGUUGCUGCUGUCGGACCAAAAAGAGGCAAAAUAUCAAAUAUCCAGCGGGCAAAAAGAAAAAAGGGAAGAAGGAAGAGGAGGAUCUUUGGAUCCCAAGUCCACAAAACAAGUCUUUAAUGCUGGAGAAGAUCCCUCCAUUUUCUGUAUAGGCUUGUCUCAAUCUUGAAAAGAAACUCAGAUCAAGUGCACUAAAACGCUUGGCAUAAUAUACUGUUAAUACCAUACUACUGACUGUCAGUUUUCAAUCCUAUUAUCUGAUUGGAUAAAGCUAGAGUACAUCCCUGUACUUUCCAUUACUCGUCCUUUUGGUUACCAUAAAUAGACAGUUGAUGGUGAACUACUUCUUGCAGUAAUUUUAUGGUCUAUUGCUUUAUGCUCAGCUGACUGACAUGCAAAUGUAAAUAGCAGUAGCUUGCCAUUUUUAAUUACUUUUAUCUCAGGAAUUUUUAGAAAUGAGAGUGUUAUAAGCAAUGCACUUGAUUACCACCACUUUGGAAGCCAAAACAGAAUUGUCACCAAUGUCCAAGGGCCUAUUGUAUGGUGAUAAUCCAUCCUUAGAAAAAGAAAACAUCCCAGUGUUAAUGGUACAGCUGUUUGAAGUCUCACGUAUUAACUUCUGUACCCGGCUAGAGCUCUGUACUCUUGGGACAGUAGAGCAGCCUUUAAAGGACCAGUAACAUCAAAAAAAUUAAUUGUUUUAAAGUAAUAAAAAUAUCAUGUAGUG